UCAUAACUUUCUCUCUCGUUUUCCGGGAAAAUAUAAUAACGACAAAUUUUCCCGGGAGCGAGAGAGGUGGGGACGGGAUUUGGUGCUUUGAAUUUCUGGGAUUUUUUUUUUGAUUCUAUCGAAUUUCAAAUGAACUGUAUCGUCUCUAUGAUUUAUUAUCAUUUAAUUGCGCCUCGCAUGGUGAUUAAGAUUCAUCUAUCGCGUUGAUGCAGUUUCUGCUUCUUCUUCUGUUCCAACUUUGGCUAUAAAGAACCGAGACCCCUUUUGUGGAAACAUAAAAAAAAAAUCAAAACUUGUUUUUGAAUCUGAAUUGGGUACCAAAAUAGUGCCCCUGUUUUGAUCAUGAUUAGUUAUUGUCUCUGAAGAAAGAGAAACAGAGACAAAGAGAGAGAAGCAUGGAGGAAGAGUUUGCGAAGAUGGAGGUCGAAGACCAAUUUGAGGAUAAUGAGAUUAAUCUUAAUUACGAGUUUGAUGCUCCUCGGUUCUGCGAUUUCACCCGGCCCGAGACCUUUUUUGAUGCUGCUGAAGCAGAACAGUGGUUCGAAUUCACCGCGAGUUAUCCACCUUCACCAUUUCUCGUGAGGUUGAGAUUGAGAUGGGGAAACGCUGAUGAAAUGAAAAGUGAGAAUAUGGUUGCUGAUGAUUCUGGUCCUUGCAUGGAGCCUGAACAAGAUUCAUCAAUUGAGGACAAUAAUAACACAGGACUUGAACAUUGUGAUCAAACAAGACAAGAUACAUUAAAUGGUGAGAAAGAGCCUCUCAGGAAGUCAAGUCCAUCCAAAUCUAAAGUUUUGAGUUUUAUGAAACCAACAGCAAGUCAUUUGGCCAAGCAGAAGAACACUCCAGAAGCCCAAACCCAUCAACUUUUCACAAGGUUUCAGAGACAGAAUUCUUCUUCCACAGAUAGACAAUUAACCAAAAGGCAGAAGCUUGAAACUGGUUACUCGCGUAAGAUUGCUCGUUUGAAGCAUCAAAUUCUUUUUACACAUAAGAAACAUAAGGGGGUAAGUCAGGUUGAUCUUACUGAUGCCAACUUAGCAUCUAAACCAAAAGUUACUAUUCCUAAAGAACCUAAUCUGGAAACAGCACUCAGGGCACAAAGACGCAAGUCUAGAACUAACGCUGAAUCUGGUGGACAUACAAAAUUGAGUUCUGAGGCGCUUAGAUCACGGUCCUUAAAUAAAAAAGCUGGAGGUAUUUUGAACUGCAAUUCAAUCUCAAACAGUGAAACAAAGGAUCUCAAAAGGACAAACUCAACGUCUAGUGUUGGCUCAAGGCAGGAGAAAUAUAGAAUGGUUAACAAACUCCAAGGUAACCCUGAUGAUAAGCAAUUCUCUGGUAAAGGGGAAAGAGGUGUCUUCCGAAGUAUCAAAGUAUUUCCGAUGGAACCAUAUGACAAGAGAGUUUUAAAUGAACCACCUACAGAAUUAUUUAGCAAGCUCUCCAUGGCUUCUGAAGUCAAACAAACUAAAAAAUCACUAUCAAAGGAGCAACCAAUUUCCAAGGGCUUGAAGGAGAAUAUACCUGGAUCCUUGCGUAAGGAGCAUGAGAUGAUGAACUUAGUCCAAGAAGAAAUUCAAAGACGAUGUAGGAAGCAGUAUCAAUGUGUGAGUAAAAUGAGUCCCUCAUAUCAAAGAGGACCUGCAUGCUGGAACUUGGACGUUAGCUGAAAAUACGGUGGUGGUUCUCCUGAUUGGUGCUUUUUAUACAUUUGCUUAAAAUUCAACAUAAAAUUCCCCUCUGUAAUGGGAAGUUCAACUGAGUUUAUAUUGGAAACCAUUCCAAAGGGGCCUUAUUUAACAAAGGAUUCUUGCUACAAGAUUAUUUAGGGAGGAAGUUCCAAAAUGGAACCUAACACCUGCAUUAUACAACAAUGCAUUAGACUUAUUGAAAUUCCUUUCUGUCAUUUUCCUUUCAUGUUAAGUCUAUGUAUAAAGAAACUUACAAGAUGUAAUGUGGUACGGUUUGAGGCAUAAGAAUAUUACACUUGUAUAAUGUUGCUGGUUUACCUCUAUAGUUACUACGGUUUGUAACUUCACACCAUUAGAGGCUUUUGCACCAUUGGAUACCGGUGACA